AAGAUGUCAGCUACCAGUAAGCAUGCGUUAGGUUUUAGGGUAAUAGCAGAAUGUAGUAAAACUAAAGGUAGGACAGGUGUUCUCAGUUUGCCGCAUGCAGAUGUUGAAACACCAGUAUUUAUGCCAGUAGGAACUCAAGGAACGCUGAAGGGUCUCCUUCCUGAUCAGUUGGAGAAGCUAAAUUGUCAUCUAAUUUUGGGGAAUACGUAUCAUUUAGGAAUGAGACCAGGUCCUGAAGUUUUGGAGAAGGCUGGAGGUUUACAUAACUUUAUGAAUUGGAAAAAAGCUCUCCUCACGGACAGUGGAGGUUUUCAAAUGGUAUCUCUACUGGAAUUGUCUGAGGUUAAUGAAGAAGGUGUAAAGUUUGUAUCACCUUAUGAUGAGCGUGAAAUUCUUCUCUCACCAGAAAAGUCAAUUGAGAUACAAAAUGCUAUUGGUGCAGAUAUUAUCAUGCAGCUAGAUGAUGUUGUCAGUAGUACAGUCUCAGGACCACGUGUGGAAGAAGCCAUGCAUAGAACUAUUCGCUGGUUGGACAGGUGCAUAAAAUCACACCAAAAACCCCAGAAGCAAAAUAUUUUUCCAAUUGUUCAAGGAGGACUUGAUUCUGAGUUGAGAAAAAAGUGUGUAGAGGAACUAGUAAAACGUGAUGUACCAGGUUUUGCAAUUGGUGGUUUGAGUGGUGGAGAAGCAAAAGACAUGUUCUGGUCAAUGGUUCACAUCACUACUGAUUUUCUGCCCCCAAAAAAACCUCGUUACCUCAUGGGUGUUGGUUUUGCAGUAGACCUGGUUGUCUGUUGUGCACUUGGGUGUGAUAUGUUUGACUGUGUAUUCCCAACAAGGACGGCAAGAUUUGGUUGUGCAUUAGUGGAUAGUGGUCAAAUUAAUUUGAAAAAUCGAAUUUUUGCUGAAGACUUUAGACCAAUUGAUGAACAGUGUACUUGUACAACUUGUAAGCGAUAUCAUAGAGCUUACCUUCAUUCUAUUGUCACUAAAGAAACAGUAGCCUGCCAUUUAGUAACGGUUCACAAUAUUGCUUAUCAGAUGAGUCUAAUGAAAAGUAUCAGAGACAGUAUUAAAAGUGACAAGUUUCCAGUCUUUGUUCAAGAAUUCAUGCUAAAAGUGUACCCCAAGAAGGACUAUCCUAAAUGGGUGACUGAUGCUUUGGCUGCAGUAAACAUUAACCUCCAGUAAAAUGUUUUAUUAAAGCAGCAUAGUUUUGUAAAAAAAAAAAAAUGUAAAAACAAUUAAGCCAUGAAGCUUAUUUAUUUUCAGUAGACUGGUUAAUGUAAGAUAGUUAAUGCUACAAAAGUUUAAGUGUUAAGAAAAUAUAUUCGAUUUUUGUUUUAUAAUGACAGCCAGCACUUCGGUGGAACAUUUAGGUUUAAAAAUAUCUAUAGUACAAUAAUUUUGGUUCUAAAAUAUUAAUAAAAUUACAUGCCUCUGUUUCCUUAAAAAACAAAGCAGCAUAUGCUAAGGUAUUAAAAUGAAUUUUUUACUAAACAGUAACAACAAGAUUAGAAUUUGACAUUAUUCAAAUACUUCACAGUUGAAGGUAUUUUCAUAAAUCUAUAGACUUGUCUUAACCUAAAUCAUGACAGUAGUUAUCAGGAAAUUCAAGCUGUUAAAAUUUGGUUUUCAUAGAUUUUUGAAUUAUAUACUGUUGACUAUGUUUUCUUUUGAAGCACAACAAAAUUAUUUUAAAUCUUUUGAAUUUAAAAAUUCAGAAAAUGUGUAUGUAAUGAGACUGUAUUUUUCCUACUACUUUUAUGUAAUGUCGUAAUUUAUCAGUGACUGAAGAUCAUGGUGGUUCUCCUCCCUUUACACACUGAAAGGGAUGAUGCAUCAGUGACUUUUAAAUUUAUUAACAUAAAAUGUUCACUGUAUUCAAAUUAAUUAAAGGAACUUGUUAACUUAGG